GUUAUCGAUUGUUGCAGUUGUUUACGUUUUACAGUCGAAUGUUAUUGGCUUGGUUCCGACUUCCGAGCUAGAAAGUAAAUAAUGUGCGGGUUGUGAGGAAUACAGUGCUGUUGUAUGGCACGUAAUACUGAGUAAUCGAAGUUCUUUUUCUUUUAAAGGCUUACAUACUUAUUGAGCAUUCACAAUCGUCUUAAACAAUGUUGCGCCUCUUGCAAAGAAGUGUCACAAGAUCAUUUCACCUUAAUGACUGUUUGCAGAAGUUCUCGUUGGCACAGAAUCAGAGAGGAAGAGUCCGGAAUUACAGCAUAUAUGAACCGGAUUACUUAGAUGCCUUAAAACCAAAAAUUCCAGUUUAUGAUGCUAUAAACAUUCAGAUAAAAGGCUAUGAUUAUCCUGUUUUGGAACACUAUCAAAAAUUUAUUCACAAUCUCUCAGAAAAUUUGAACAUAGAAGUAGAAGAUGGGUGGGCUUUGCCAGCUCAGACACAGACAGUGCAGCGAUUCAAACCCCAGAGCACUGUUGUUGAUUCAGAAUAUAAACUAUCCAUUUACGAGAGAAAUGUACAGAUAGUCGAUGUACCUUCUACUACACUGGCAGUUCUUCUUAAUAUCCUGAGAGCUACAUUACCAGAGGGAGUCAAUCUCAGUGUUCAUGAGCAUUCGCCAGAACAUGAAGAAAUUCGUUAUGUACCAGAUCAAGAAUUACUUGAGUUGAAAAGCCAAUUAGAAGCUCUUGGGGGACCAAGAAAGAAAUAAUAACAGAAUGAGGUAUUCACUUUUAAUGUAUGUACAAAAUUUAUAAAGUUGUAAAAAAUAUAAGUUUUUUGUAAAAAUAUACAUUUUAAAAAAAUUA